AUGGCAUCUUAUCAGCAGCAGCAGCAGCAGCCAGAUCAAGGGGGACAAGAACAACAACUAGAAGGAGAUAUGGAAAGUGUUACGCGGUGGUCUUGGAAUCUAUUUCCUGCCAAUAGAAUUGAUGCGGCACGGAUGGUGGUACCACUUGGCUGUGUUUAUGCCCCUAUAGGAUUCCCAUGUACAGAAUUAUACUACAACCCUCUGAAGUGUGUCUGUGGAAGCAUCUUAAACCCGUAUUGUAUUCUUGACUAUCGGUCAAAGACGUGGGGUUGUCCUUUAUGUGGAACCAAAAAUGUAUUUCCUCAAGAAUAUGCUUAUAUGGAUGAACACAACUUACCAUCAGAACUUCUAAGAGGGAAUGAAGUUGUGGAAUAUGUUAGCGUUGUAAAACGUGACCCACCAACAUUUGCCUUUGUUAUAGAUACCUGUGUUGACACAGAAAGUGAACUUGAUGGACUAAAAGAAUUUGUAAUGAAUGCUCUUAGCAAUAUACCAGCAGAAGUUCGGGUAUGCCUUAUCACGUAUGGAACAACUAUACAAAUUCAUGAACUAAGUGGUGCAACAGAGUAUCCUCGUUCCUUGGUUCUGCGUGGAAGCCAAGAAGUUACGGUUGAAACUCUUAAAAAAGUUAUGGUAGAACCACAGCGUUUCGUUGGAACAUUCGCCAAUACUUCUCAAGUAUUAUUCUCUAUUAUUGACGAAAUCCAGCAGGAUGUAUGGCCUGUCCCAAAGUCUCAUCGUCCAUUGCGUUGUACAGGUGCUGCACUUUCUGCUGCAGCAAGUAUUCUUGAAAUUGUUUCUACUAAUGUUGGUUCAUGUAUUCUGGGUUUCAUAUCUGGUAUCUGUACUGAAGGACCUGGUAUUGUUGUGGAAACUUCUCGUGAAAAGAUCAUUCGUAGUCAUGCAGAUAUAAGAGAUAAUACCGAUGCUGCGCAUUUUUGGGAGUCUUCUUGUGCGUUUUAUGACUCUCUUAUGCGCCGGAUUGUUAAACAAGGACAUUCACUAAGUUGUUUCAUUGCCUCUCUCGAUCAAACAGGUGUGGCAGAAAUGAAACUGUGUAUUCAAGCUUCUGGUGGGGUUGUACUAAGUGAUGAAUCAUGGCGAAAAGAACCAUUUCGUCAAUCACUUAACCGUUUCUUUGAACGUAGGCAAGAUGGUACGUUGAAGAUGGCCCUAAAUGUUACCAUGGAUGUUAUGACAUCUUCAACGUGGAAAGUUAUGGGAGUUAUUGGACUUUGUGUUGGAACAGGUAAAAAAUCAUCCUCUGUAGCCGAUUAUGAAGUAGGGAUGGGAGGUACAUGUCAAUGGACAGCAUGUAUGAUGGACUCUACAACUAACUUUGCCAUUUAUUUUGAUACAACUGCUGCCCCACCGUCAGAGGCGGCAAAGCAGCCUCUUCGAUAUGCACAGUUUAUCACCAAGUAUGAAAUUGGUAAUGAGUUACGAACCCGGGUGUGUACUGUAACUCAUAAGGUACAACCGACUACAAGUAUGCCUGAGCUAGCAUCAUCCUUCGAUCAAGAAGCAGCUGCAGUAUUACUUGCACGUGAAGCCUUACACAAGGCUGAUAGUACCCCUUUGUUUGAUGUGCUUCGUUGGCUAGACCGUACAGUUGUACGCCUUGUGAGUCGCUUUGGUGACUACCUUAAAGAUCAACCUUCUACACUUAAAUUACCACCACAGUUUGUUUUUUUCCCUGCAUUUAUGUACCAUUUACGACGAUCAGGUUAUCUUCAGGUAUUUAAUUGCAGUCCAGAUGAAACGGCGAUAUUGCGUAUGAUGUUACUUAAAUCUUCUGUCCCAAAUUCUAUUGUACAAAUUCAACCCACGUUAUAUAGCUAUCGCAUGGAUGCUCCACCGCAACCUGUUCUACUGGACAGUGCAGCUAUUCAGCCGGAUAAUAUUCUUCUUCUUGAUACAUUUUUUGAAGUACUUAUUCAUCUUGGCUCAACUAUUGCAGCAUGGCGAAAAGCAGGAUACGCAGAACUGGAAGAAUACUCCUACUUUAAAGAAUUUUUACAAGUCCCUGUGGCAGAUGCGGAAAUACUUGUAGCAGGUAGGUACCCAACACCUAGGUUUAUUUACGUCUCUCAGGAUGAUCCUGACGCUCGUAUUCUUUAUAAUAGAAUCAAUCCAAGUCGUUCGUAUGGACAAGAAAAUGAUCAAAAAUAUGGUACAAAAGAAGGUGAACUAGUCUAUACCGAUGAUGCUUCGCUUGGGGAGUUCAUGGAGCACUUGAAAAAACUCGCGGUGUCACAGUGA